AUGUCUGCCAACAGCAUCAAGGUUGUCGCCCGGUUCCGCCCCCAGAACCGGGUCGAGCUGGACUCGGGCGGCAAGCCCAUCGUCUCCUUCAGCUCGGAGGACUCAUGCUCUCUCGAUUCUAGGGAGGCCCAGGGCAGCUUCACCUUCGACAGGGUCUUUGAUAUGGAAUGCAAGCAGCAGGACAUCUUCGACUUUUCCAUCCGCUCCACCGUUGACGAUAUUCUCAAUGGCUACAACGGUACCGUUUUCGCCUAUGGCCAGACGGGCGCCGGCAAGUCCUACACCAUGAUGGGCAGCAACAUCGAUGACGAAGUCGGAAGGGGCGUCAUCCCGCGCAUCGUCGAGCAAAUCUUUGCCAGCAUCAUGUCGAGCCCCGGCACCAUCGAGUACACCGUUCGUGUCAGCUAUAUGGAAAUUUACAUGGAGAGGAUCCGAGACUUGCUCGCCCCGCAAAACGACAAUUUGCCCGUACACGAAGAGAAGAACCGCGGAGUCUACGUCAAGGGCUUGCUCGAGAUAUACGUCUCGAGCGUGCAGGAGGUCUAUGAAGUCAUGAGAAGAGGAGGCAACGCCCGCGCCGUGGCGGCGACAAACAUGAAUCAGGAGUCGUCGCGAUCGCACUCCAUCUUCGUCAUCACCAUUACGCAAAAGAAUGUCGAAACCGGCUCGGCCAAAAGCGGCCAGCUGUUCCUCGUCGACUUGGCCGGCAGUGAAAAGGUGGGCAAGACGGGGGCCAGUGGCCAGACGCUCGAGGAGGCCAAGAAGAUCAACAAGAGUCUGAGCGCUCUUGGCAUGGUCAUCAACGCCUUGACCGACGGCAAAUCCUCGCAUAUCCCAUACCGAGAUUCCAAGUUGACAAGAAUUCUGCAAGAAUCCUUGGGCGGUAACAGCCGGACAACCCUCAUCAUCAACUGUUCCCCGAGCAGUUACAACGAUGCCGAGACCCUCAGCACCCUGAGGUUCGGAACGAGGGCCAAGUCCAUCAAGAACAAGGCCAAGGUCAACGCAGAGCUCAGUCCUGCCGAGCUCAAGGCGCUGCUCAAGAAGGCCCAGGGCCAGGUCACCAACUUCGAGAGUUACAUCCAUGGCCUCGAGGGCGAGAUUCAGCUGUGGCGUUCGGGAGAGUCGGUGCCUAAGGAGAGAUGGGUUCUCUCGGCGCCACCCGAUGCCGUUUCCGGGACCAGGGCCGAUGCCAAGGCUCCGCGCCCGCCUACACCGUCCCGGCAAGCCGCCGAGAGCCGCUCCGAGACCCCUGCCAUCUCUGAGCGCGCCGCCACCCCCAGUCUGCCGCUGGAAAAGGACGAGCGCGAAGAGUUCCUGCGUCGCGAAAAUGAGCUGCAGGACCAGCUCGCAGAGAAGGAGACGCUCGCCACGACCGCCGAGAAGCAGCUUCGUGAAACAAAGGAGGAGAUGGUGUAUCUCAAGGAGCACGACAGCAAGAUGGGCAAGGAAAAUGAGAGGCUCACGUCUGAAGUCAACGAAUUCAAGAUGCAGCUCGAACGGUUAACCUUUGAGAGCAAAGAGGCGCAGAUCACCAUGGACGCACUCAAGGAGGCCAACUCUGAGCUCACCACGGAGCUGGAUGAUGUCAAGCAGCAGCUCCUCGAUGUCAAGAUGAAUGCCAAGGAGAGCGGGGCAGCCUUUGACGAGAAGGAGAAGAAAAAGGCCGAGAAGAUGGCCAAGAUGAUGGCUGGCUUCGACCUCGGCGGCGAUGUCUUUAGCGAGAACGAGCGCUCCAUCAAUGAAGCCAUCCAACGCAUCGACGCUCUGCACGAACAGAGCACGGUCGGAGACAACAUCGCUCCCGACGAGUUUGAGGCACUCCGAGCCAAGCUUGUCGAGACACAGGGAAUCGUCCGACAGGCGGAGCUGUCCAUGUACGGCACCUCGUCUAGUGACAUGGACGCUCGGCGGAGACAGGAGCUCGAGGAGAGACUGGAGACACUGCAGCAACAGUACGAAGACGCCUUGACGCGGAAUCUCGGCGAGAGCGACGUGGAAGAAGUCAAGGCACGCCUGGAGGAAGCAUACGCAAACCGCCAGUCGGCCCAGGCCAAGCUUGUCGAGGAGCUCAAAGCCGAAGUCGCUCAAAAGGCGUCGGAGAACUCGAGGAUGAAGACGCUGCUGGACGACCUGCAACAGCGCGUCAAAUCGGGCGCCACCUCACCGAUGGCUAACGGCAAGACCAUUCAGCAGCAGAUUGCCGAGUUUGACGUGAUGAAGAAGAGCCUGAUGCGCGAUCUGCAGAACCGCUGCGAGCGGGUCGUCGAGUUGGAAAUCUCCCUGGACGAGACGCGCGAGCAGUACAAUAACGUGCUGAGGUCGUCCAACAACCGCGCCCAGCAGAAGAAGAUGGCGUUUCUGGAGCGGAACCUGGAGCAGCUCACCCAAGUCCAGCGCCAGCUGGUGGAGCAGAACUCGGCCCUCAAGAAGGAGGUUGCCAUUGCUGAGCGCAAGCUCAUUGCACGAAACGAGCGCAUCCAGAGCCUGGAGAGCCUUCUGCAGGACAGUCAAGAAAAGAUGGCCGCCGCCAACCACAAGUUCGAGGUUCAACUGGCCUCGGUCAAGGAACGCCUUGAGGCGGCCAAGGCCGGCAGCACGCGAGGCCUGAACGCGGCCGGCGGCGGCGGCGGCGGCUUCAGCUUCGCCGGGGCUGGCAGCCGCAUCGCCAAGCCCCUGCGGGGUGGCGGCGGCGACGUCGGGCCUGCCGUGCCGACCAUACAGUCGCUCCAGAGCGAGGGAGCCCCCAGCAAGCGGAACAGCUGGUUCUUCAACAAGUCGUAG